AUGGAACUAUUUUCCCAUUCUUGCCUAUCCACGCCAAAAAAGGACCCGCCCAUCACUCCACACUACCCUCGCAUGAGUAAAAGAUACCAUCAAAGUUGGGCCCUUGAAGCAUCUCUCGAUGUCGGACUGUGGUACCAUCUAGCCGAUGGGAAGUUGAACCAAUCAGGUGGACGCGAACUGGUCGCCUUCAACGUGCAAUUAAGGGCUGUACCAACUAAACUGCUCAUGCCAUUUCUCUCCUCACAAGCAAACGAUGGCCCCUCGUCAGCGUGA